AUGGCAUCGAUUGAAAAGAGAAAGGUACCUAAUAAAAGGUUAUCUAGUUACAUGUCUUCGGAGGCGGAUGGCCAUUGUGACGAAGAUGAAAUUGAUUAUAGCGAUACAUAUAUACCGCACUUAUUUAGAUUAAGAGGCUCUGUUAUCCCAAAUGUUAUAUAUCAGACCUUAUUUGUUACUGCUUUCUCAGCCGUCGUGACAGCGGUAUAUAUGAAAACGAAUAUCAAACCUGCCAUUCCACAAACAUUCAUUCCAGUGCUUGGUUUUGUC